AUGUCUGCCGCUGCAGUUGCUUCGAAAUCACCAUUCAAAAGCAGGGAUGUUGGUGCAGGUGCAGGUGUGUUCAGCACGCUACUCGUUGAUGCCACAGUUGUAGAAGGAUUAUCGAUCAAGGAUAUAGGGGUCGAAAUGGAGGCUUCAGAGGAUGACGUGGGUGUGGAAGUUGCGACUUCGGAUGAUGAGACUGUGGUGGAUGAAUCGACAGUCGGAACGACUGACGAGCUGGGAGAGUCUCCUAGUGUUGUUGUUGGUGUUGGCAUCGGCGAACCAACCAAGGAACUGAGCACAGUGGUCGACUGGACGUCUGAGGAGCCACUCGAUAUUGCGACAGACGAUGCGAGAGAUGGUGUAUCAACCGCUAUCAAGGAUAGUGCGCUUAUGGAACUCGAUGAGGAUACGACAGGCGUGGAACUCGAUGAAAAUACAUCAGGCGUGAAACUUGAUGACGGUAAUGCAAAUGUGCUCGUGGCAGAGGAAGUCGAGGUCACCUCGAUCAUGGAGGUCUUCGAAGUUGAUGCGAGAUAUGUCGAACUGCUGACAGGCGCCGAUAGCCUGGCAUCGCAGUUGCCAAAUCCUGGUUGGCAACCUUUACCACAAUAG